UCCUUAUUGGAUAUUCCUUGACAACAACAACAACACGCUUCACCAUCUUGUAUACUUCCGUCAAUUUUCUCGUAAAACAGUUUAUUUCUCCUCCUCCUGGACAUUACAGCAAGUGUUUGGUGAGUUAUUAAGAUACUGUGAUGUUACAUCUUAAGACCAAGUGUAACUAAGAAGAAGUUCACAAUGUCAAGCAGAGAUAAAAAGUUCUCCUGUGAGGAAUGUGGCAAACAGUUUUGCUUAAAGUCUACUCUUCAGACACAUUUACUUGUGCACAAUGGUAUGAAGGAGUUUGAAUGUGAGGAAUGUGGGAAACAUUUGUCAUCUAAGAGUCAUCUCAAAAGACACAUUCUUGGACACAGUGGUGUAAGAAAUUUUAAAUGUGAGGAAUGUGGAAAAUGUUUCUCCCAGAAGAGAUAUCUCAAGGCACACAUUCUUGGACACAGUGGUAUUAAGAAUUUUGAAUGUGAGGAAUGUGGGAAACAUUUUGCAAAAAAGGGUACUCUCAAAACACACAUUCUUGGACACAGUGGUAUAAAGAAGUUUAAAUGUGAGGAAUGUGGGAAACAUUUUACAGAAAGGGGUACUCUCAAUACACACAUUCUUGUCCACAGUGGUGUAAAGAAAUUUAAAUGUGAGGAAUGUGGGAAACAUUUUACACAAAAGGGUACUCUCAAAAGACACAUUCUUGGACACAGUGGCAUAAACGAGUUUAAAUGUGAGGAAUGUGGGAAACAUUUUACAGAAAGGGGUACUCUCAAUACACACAUUCUUGGACACAGUGGUGUAAAGAAAUUUAAAUGUGAGGAAUGUGGGAAACAUUUUGCAAAAAAGGGUAUUCUCAAAACACACAUUCUUGGACACAGUGGUAUAAAGAAGUUUAAAUGUGAGGAAUGUGGGAAACAUUUUACAGAAAGGGGUACUCUCAAUACACACAUUCUUGUCCACAGUGGUGUAAAGAAAUUUAAAUGUGAGGAAUGUGGGAAGCAUUUUACACAAAAGGGUACUCUCAAAAGACACAUUCUUGGACACAGUGGUAUAAAGAAGUUUAAAUGUGAGGAAUGUGGGAAACAUUUUACAGAAAGGAGUUCUCUCAAAACACACAUUCUUGUACACAGUGGUAUAAAAGAGUUUAAAUGUGAGGAAUGUGGGAAACAUUUUGCACGAAAGAGUGCUCUCAAAACACACAUUCUUGUACACAGUGGUAUAAAAGAGUUUGAAUGUGGGGAAU